GCUGCAGCAUCGGAGGCGAGAGCGACGCCGGGAGUUGCUGCAGCGGAGGCGGAGGCUUCUCCAGGACGCGUCCGGACUGCGCAGCCGGAGCCCCAGUACGGAGGCGCCGGGCGGUGCACUCGGUGCUGCUGCUAUCGCCGCUCUCCCGCAGCCACCAGGUCCCCCGCUGCCACCAGGGCCCCGGCUGCCUUCAGCGCCUCCGUCGACCCCGCCGUCGUGUGCACCCCAGCCGGGACGCCGCCCUCGGCCGGGUCUCCACUUUUCAGCCGCACCUUCCAUGACAGCGCCCGCGCGAAGAUGGCUGCGAAGGGCGCGCACGGCACCCACCUGAAGGUGGAGAGCGAACUGGACCGCUGCCGCGCUGAGGGCCACUGGGACCGCAUGCCUGAGCUGGUCCGGCAGCUGCAGACGCUGGGCAUGCCUGGCGGCAGCGGAACCAACCGACGAUCCAGCCCGAGCUCCAGGAUCGGCUCCCUGGACACGGAUGACUUUGGGAAAUUGCUGCUGGCAGAGGCCCUCCUGGAGCAAUGUUUGAAGGAUAAUCACACCAAAAUAAAAGACUCCAUCCCUUUGUUAGAAAAGACUGAUAGCAGAAUGAAUGAAGCCAAAGAUUACCUGAGCAGCAUCCUUAACUACGGGAAGCUGCCGCCACAGUACAUGAGUGAGGCCAUGCUGAUCCUGGGCAAGCUGCAUUAUGUGGAGGGCUCCUACCGAGAUGCCAUCAGCAUGUAUGCUCGGGCUGGGAUCGAUGAUAUGUCCGUGGAGAACAAGCCCCUGUAUCAGAUGCGACUGCUGUCGGAGGCAUUUGUCAUCAAAGGCCUCUCCCUGGAACGCCUGCCCAACUCCAUCGCCUCCCACUACCGCCUGACCGAGCGGGAGGAGGAAGUGGUCGCCUGUUUCGAGAGGGCCUCCCGGGUGGCUCAGGUGUUCCUGCAGGAACUGGAGAAGACCACAAACAACAGCACGUCACGGCAUCUGAAAGGCUCUCACCCGGUUGACUAUGAGCUCACCUACUUUCUGGAAGCUGCCCUCCAGAGCGCCUAUGUGAAAAACCUGAAGAAGGGGAACAUCGUGAAGGGCAUGAGGGAACUCCGGGAGGUUCUGCGGACUGUGGAGACCAAAGCAACGCAGAACUUCAAAGUGAUGGCGGCCAAGCACCUGGCGGGGGUCUUGCUGCACUCCCUGAGUGAGGAGUGCUACUGGAGCCCCCUGUCCCACCCUCUGCCUGAGUUCAUGAGCAAGGAGGAGAAUUCCUUCGUCACACAGACCCUGCGGAAACCUCACCUCUAUGAAGGGGACAACCUCUACUGCCCCAAGGAUAACAUCGAGGAGGCCCUCCUGUUGCUGCUCAUCAGUGAGUCCAUGGCAACUCGGGACGUGGUGCUGAGCCGGGCCCCUGAGCAGGCAGAGGACCGGUUGGUGAGCCUACGGAAUGCUGCGGCCAUCUAUGACCUCCUGAGCAUCACGCUGGGCAGGAGGGGGCAGUACGACAUGCUCUCUGAGUGCCUGGAACGAGCCAUGAAGUUUGCGUUUGGAGAAUUUCACCUUUGGUACCAAGUGGCCCUCUCCAUGGUGGCUUGUGGGAAGUCAGCCUACGCUGUGUCCCUGCUACGAGAGUGUAUGAAGCUGCGGCCCUCGGACCCCACUGUGCCCCUGAUGGCUGCCAAGGUCUGCAUCGGGCCCCUUCACUGGCUGGAGGAGGCCGAGCACUUUGCCAAGGUGGUGGUCAGCCUCGGUGAGGAAGCUGGGGAUUUCCUCCCCAAGGGCUACCUGGCCCUGGGUCUCACCUACAGCCUGCAGGCCACUGACGCCACCCUGAAGUCCAAAAAAGAUGAAUUGCACCGGAAGGCACUGCAGACGCUGGAGAGAGCCCUGGAGCUGGCACCUAGUGACCCCCAGGUCAUCCUUUAUGUCUCCCUGCAGCUGGCCCUCGUCCGACAGAUCUCUAGUGCCAUGGAGCAGCUGCAGGAGGCGCUGCUGGUGUGCAGGGACGAUGCCAACGCACUCCACCUGCUGGCACUGCUCUUCUCCGCCCAGAAGCACCACCAGCAUGCCCUGGAUGUCAUCAACAUGGCCAUCACCGAGUACCCUGAGAACUUCAACCUGAUGUUCACCAAGGUAAAGCUGGAGCAGGUACUAAAAGGCCCAGAGGAAGCCCUGGUGACCUGCAGACAAAUGCUGCAGCUAUGGCAGACACUAUACAGCUUCUCCCAGCUGGGGUCCUGCCCUCCCUUGCUUUCCAGAGGCCUGGAAAAGGAUGGCAGCUUAGGUGAGGGCCACACGAUAAAGAAGCAGAGUGGCAUGCACCUGACCCUGCCCGAUGCCCACGAUGCAGAUUCUGGCUCUCGGCGGGCAUCAUCCAUUGCAGCCUCGAGGCUUGAGGAGGCCAUGUCAGAGCUGACCAUGUCCACCUCGGUCCUGAAGCAGGGUCCCAUGCGGCUGUGGACCACGCUGGAACAGAUCUGGCUCCAGGCUGCCGAGCUGUUCAUGGAGCAGAGACACCUCAAGGAAGCAGGUUUUUGCAUCCAGGAGGCAGCUGGCCUCUUUCCCACCUCGCACUCGGUGCUCUACAUGCGGGGUCGCCUGGCCGAGGCAAAGGGCGACCUGGAGGAGGCCAAGCAGCUGUACCAAGAGGCGCUCACGGUGAACCCCGAUGGCGUGGACAUCAUGCACAGCCUGGGUCUGAUGCUGAGUCGGCUGGGCCACAAGAGCCUGGCCCAGAAGGUACUGCGGGACGCUGUGGAGAGGCAGAGCACCUGCCACGAGGCGUGGCAGGGCCUGGGCGAGGUGCUGCAGGCCCAGGGCCAGAACGAGGCUGCCGUCGACUGCUUCCUCACCGCCCUGGAGUUGGAGGCCAGCAGCCCCGUGUUGCCCUUCUCCAUCAUCCCCAGGGAACUCUGAGCGGCACUGCAGCAGCGGGGGACUGCCAGCACAGGCCCAGGGAGGCGGGGGCAGGCAGGGACAGGCAGGGAGCUGGGGUCAAGGAGGGAUGCUGGCAUUCAAGUGUGGGGCUUAGGGAAUACAUCGCUAGUGAACAUUUCCGCAGGCUGCAGCCCCAGUUCUGGCCCACGCCUCCCCGCUCCCCUCCGGGGCCAGCUGGGGCUGGAGCCAGGUGGACAGGAUUUGCAUUGGAAGCAAAUCCCUUGCUCCCUGGGACUCAGACAUGUUAUGAGCAGGGAGCUGGGUGGCAUCUCCACAAGGCCCCUCCCUCUGUGCCUGUGCAUCAUCUGAAGAUGCCCGAAGGGUGUCAAGCCCCCAUCCUUAGAAAUUCCUGACAGCUGUACUUUUUGACUUUGGACAAACUUUAGUCUCAAGCCUCUGCACCACCAGAGAGGAGCCCCCAGAGCUGCCUCUGGCUGGGCCAGGCUGUCCUGGAUUCCUUUCUCAGUGCCUUGGGAGACAGACUGGCUUGAACUUUAAGUGACUUUGCAGAGUGUGGUGACCUGACAACACAGAGUGGGGAGCCUCACAGCUGUGCCUUACCCCUACCCAUGCCUCUGCCUUGGGGUCUGGGGUCCCCACUCACUGAAUCUUGCUCCCCCUGUCUCAGGACAGGGCAGGUUUCUGGGUGGCUCAGGCCUUGCCCUGGUAGUCCCAGCUUGACUCUGCGGGCUGGGUGAGCACGACAGCACUUCUGGGUUCCUCUCUCAGAUGUUAGCAGAGGAUGCCUGGCAUUGUCCUUCUUUGUCCAAGGGGAUCAAAUGGGCCCUUCGUGCUCUUCCUCUCUGCCACCAAGUGCCUUUGGGCCUCUGGUGUAUGGACCUGAACAGCCGCCCUAACUAACCCUUACAUUUCUACCCAUCUCUCUGGAAACGUGCCCUAGCCUAAGUGGCCCCUAGAGCGGACCUUAGGGACAAAAAUAUGGCUCUGGACCCAGCUGUUUCUAAUACCCUGAGUCAACACAUUCCUGCAAGCCUUUCCCUGGGAUGCAGGUCCCUCCAGGGCUACUAAUACAGAGGGGGACAGCCUCUAGGACUGUCUCCAGUAUGCCUCAUCACCUAUAGCCCUCGGGCUUUCUUGGGUGACCCAAACCCCACCCUGGGACUCCAGGUGCUAUGGUUGGAGAUGGAGGAGACCAAGCCUGCCCCUCCUUUCCAUGAUGAAGCAGGCCUCCAUGUCCAGGACACACCCUGUCUGCAGGGUCGGGAGUUGCUGGGCAGAUGUCUCCUCCCUGUUGGCUCCGUGGUCUGCUGCUUCCACCCUCAGAACCCUUCCCCAGGAAGUCAUUCCCAGGGCCGGGGCAGGCAGAGUUCCUCCCUGAUCUGCCACAGGUUCCAGUAGUAAUUGUCCCCUGGGCACAGCUCCCAUUUUGAGAUUCAUGGGAAGGUUGGUGGGGGCCACCCUGGUGUGUCAUAGCUGCAACUUUCCCCAAGGGGGACAGCUCAGCACUGCAGAGAGUGGGGGCCUCCUGGUCACCUGCACCAGACCAAGGGGCACCUCAAAGGACACGUGAUCCUUUGCCUCUUGGUUGAAGGAUCUCUCUGUAUGUGUAUGUAUGUAUGUAUAUAAAUAUAGAUAGAUAUAUAUAUAUAAUAGAGAUCUAUUUUUUUCUGGAAUUCUAUUAGAAAAAAAUAAGCAAAUGCCACUGAUGUGCCUUGGGGUGUGCAAGGAUAUUGGUAGUCACCUUUUGGUAGUAGGAAAUGGCAUCAAAUGCAUUCUGACCAGCGUGCCCUCUCUGGAAGCCACGGAGAGCUGGGCCAAGUUGCUGACAGUGACUUUGGAAAUUGAAUAAAGAGACUCUUGAAGGGGAA